UGGCAACACCGACAUUGUCAAAAGUCAAAUUGGUCUCUGGUCAAAUGAUAGGGUCCGCAAAUUAAUAGGUUAUAUUUUAUGAGACCAAAAUUAACAUCUAAAAAUGAAUAAAUCUUUACUUAAAACUUUUAGUCCUUUGACCGUAUUCUUCAGGUCGAAGGGUCUUAAACGUCCUGGAGGAAUUCGCUACGAAGGAGGCAUUCGUUACCCAGGAGGCAUUAUUUAUUAUCCAAGAUUUCCAGACCAUAAAGAUCCAGAAUACACACCAACCAAAUUGUUUAGAGUGGAAAGAAUUAAAUCUUCAAAACAUUAUCCCUAUUGGCAAAAGGCAAUAUUAGAUGAACUUAAAAUCCAUGAAGAUACCAGGGUAGCUAUUGUAAAAAACAUACCAGAGGUAAAUGCAAAACUUUGGAGGAUUAAACAUUUGAUCAAAAUAACACCCAUAGAAUUUCCUUAUGGAGAGCCAACUAAGGAUGACAUCAACUACACAGUUCUCAAGGAAAAUGGACAAUGCAUUGUAACCAAGAAGUUAGAGCCCCAACAGAGCCAAAUCCAAGCUCUGGAGGAGUUUGAUAAUGAUAAGAAAAAAAUGGACUCCACAACUAUAAAAAGAGAUUCAAGACACAAAUGGAACAAUGCAUUUAAUGGAGGAUUUUAAUUUUGUUGUAUAGUAGCUAUUAAUAGUAGAAUAAAUAUAUUAAAUAAGUGGUGAA